AUGGAGUCGGAACCCAAGAGAUCACACGGCUCUGAAUCGGCGGAGAUAAUCGGCGGCAACGAAGAUUUAGUGACGGAAUUAAUCCUCGUCUACCUCCCGCCGAGAUCCCUCGCCCGAUUCAAGUCCGUAUGCAAACAGUGGCUUACCCUCAUCUCCACCCCUCUCUUCGCCGCCGCCCACACCAACCACCACAGCCGCCGCCGCCUCAAAUCCCUCCCCAGUUUCCUCCUCCGCACCUCCGCCGCCACGCCGGAGUUCUUCUACUUAAACCCCACCACCAGAACCCUCCUCCCCUUCAAAUUCGAAUUCCCCCAUACCAGGAUCCUCCAAUCCAGUCACGGCCUCCUCCUCCUCGAGCACCGCAACACCGAGUACGGCCGCCGCAACUACUGCGUGUACAACCCCACCACCCGACAAUCCCGGAAGCUGGCGGUCUCCGGCGCCGAUGGGAAAACGACGUCGCCGGCUCCCCUCGGGCUUUCCCUCUAUUUCGACCCUUCGAAAUCCCCACACUACAAGGUUAUCUCCUUCACGAAAACCGCCGGUUCCCAAUCCCAAUUCAAUCUCACGAUCGGAAUCUACGAUUCCGAAUCCCACAAUUGGGAAGAAAUCGCCGGCGCCGGAAACCCGGACAUCUCUCCGGCCAACAUAAAAUUCUUCAACGGAAUCUCGUGGAACAACGGAAUAUACUGGAUCCGGCCCACUUCCAGAUCCCACUACUUCAAUCUCGAAACGAGGAAUCUGAUCCGGCUCCCGAAUGUCAGGAUCCCCCGCCAGAGAGGCGGAGAGCUGAACAAGAACUACAUCGUCGAGUCGAACGGGCACGCGCACUGCGUGUGCACCUAUUUGGGUACCAAACUCGAAACCCUAACCGUGCACGAGUUGUCGGAGCACGGUAACUCGGUGUGGUUCGAAAAAUACUUGGCUGAUUUGAGUCCGAUUUCUUCGGCAAUGCCGGAGAUCAAAGGGCUGAUCAGAGUAUUGGGAAUCGUGAGGGGCGAUAAGGAAGAAGAUUCGUCGGUUUUGCUUCAUAUACCCGGAAUGAUUAUUAGUUACAGUUUUUACGAUCGGGUAUUCGAGGUUUUGUGUAAUUUCAGAAAUAGUAGGAUUUACAGACAUAAUCAGUUUCAGUUUAAGUGUAAUUUUUCGUAUCAGUUUAUUGAGAGUUUGGCUUGUGUUUGA